GGGGCGGGGCGGGUCAGUCUCCCGGAGCUGAUGUGUACUGUGUGCGCCGGGGAGGCGCUGGCUUGUACUCGGCAGCGCGGGAAUAAAGUUUGCUGAUUUGGUGUCAAGCCUGGAUGCCUGGGUUGCAGGCCCUGCUUGUGGUGGCGCUCCACAGUCAUCCGGCUGAAGGAGAAGACCUGUUGGACUGGAUCUUCUCGGGUUGAAUCUCAGUUGUUCUCGGGCUAGGUUUGAUAUGAAAAAUACUACUUCCUGUUGAAGAAGUUUUCUUUCAGAUAUUGUUUUGUAUUUACCCAUGAAGACAUUGUUUUUUGGACUCUGCAAAUAGGACAUUUCAAAGAUGAGUGAAAAAAAAUUGGAAACAACUCCACAGCAGCGGAAAUGUCCCGAAUGGAUGAAUGCGCAGAAUAAAAGAUGUGCUGUAGAAGAAAGAAAGGCAUGUGUUCGGAAGAGUGUUUUUGAAGACGACCUCCCCUUCUUAGAAUUCACUGGAUCCAUUGUGUAUAGUUAUGACGCUAGUGAUUGCUCUUUCCUGUCGGAAGAUAUUAGCAUGAGUCUAUCAGAUGGGGAUGUGGUGGGAUUUGACAUGGAGUGGCCACCAUUAUACAAGAAACGGAAACUUGGCAAAGUUGCACUAAUUCAGUUGUGUGUGUCUGAGAGCAAAUGUUACUUGUUCCACAUUUCUUCCAUGUCAGUUUUUCCCCAGGGAUUAAAAAUGUUGCUUGAAAAUAAAGCAGUUAAAAAGGCAGGUGUAGGAAUUGAAGGAGAUCAGUGGAAACUUCUACGUGACUUUGAUAUCAAAUUGAAGAAUUUUGUGGAGUUGGCAGAUGUUGCCAAUAAAAAGCUGAAAUGUACAGAGACCUGGAGCCUCAACAGUCUGGUUAAACACCUCUUAGGUAAACAGCUCCUGAAAGACAAGUCUAUCCGCUGUAGCAAUUGGAGUAAAUUUCCUCUCACUGAGGACCAGAAACUGUAUGCAGCCACUGAUGCUUAUGCUGGUUUUAUUAUUUACCGAAAUUUAGAAAUUUUGGAUGAUACUGUGCAAAGGUUUGCUAUAAAUAAAGAGGAAGAAAUCCUACUUAGCAACAUGAACAAACAGUUGACUUCAAUCUCUGAGGAAGUGAUGGAUCUGGCUAAGCAUCUUCCUGAUGCUUUCAGUAAAUUGGAAAACCCACGGAGGGUUUCUAUCUUACUGAAGGAUAUUUCAGAAAAUCUAUAUUCACUGAGGAAGAUGAUAAUUGGGUCUACUAACAUUGAGACUGAACUGAGGCCCAGCAAUAAUUUAAACUUAUUAUCCUUUGAAGAUUCAACUACUGGGCGAGUACAACAGAAACAAAUUAGAGAACAUGAAGUUUUAAUUAACGUUGAAGAUGAAACAUGGGAUCCAACACUUGAUCAUUUAGCUAAACAUGAUGGAGAAGAUGUACUUGGAAAUAAAGUGGAACGAAAAGAAGAUGGAUUUGAAGAUGGGGUAGAAGACAAUAAAUUGAAAGAGAAUACGGAAAGAGCUUGUUUGAUGUCGUUAGAUAUUACAGAACAUGAACUCCAAAUUUUGGAACAGCAGGCUCAGGAAGAAUAUCUUAGUGAUAUUGCUUAUAAAUCUACUGAGCAUUUAUCUCCCAAUAAUAAUGAAAACGAUACGUCCUAUGUAAUUGAGAGCGAUGAAGAUUUAGAAAUGGAAAUGCUUAAGCAUUUAUCUCCCAAUAAUAAUGAAAACGAUACGUCCUAUGUAAUUGAGAGCGAUGAAGAUUUAGAAAUGGAAAUGCUUAAGCCUUUAUCUCCCAAUAAUAAUGAAAACGAUACGUCCCAUGUAAUUGAGAGCGAUGAAGAUUUAGAAAUGGAGAUGCUUAAGCAUUUAUCUCCCAAUAAUAAUGAAAACGAUACGUCCCAUGUAAUUGAGAGCGAUGAAGAUUUAGAAAUGGAGAUGCUUAAGUCUUUAGAAAACCUCAAUAGUGGCACGGUAGAACCAACUCAUUCUAAAUGCUUAAAAAUGGAAAGAAAUCUGGGUCUUCCUACUAAAGAAGAAGAAGAUGAUGAUGAAAAUGAAGCUAAUGAAGAGGAAAAAGAUGAUGAUAAGGACUCUUUGUUGCCAGCACCCAAUGAAGAGCAAGUUACUUGCCUGAAGAUGUACUUUGGCCAUUCCAGUUUUAAACCAGUUCAGUGGAAAGUGAUUCAUUCAGUAUUAGAAGAAAGAAGAGAUAAUGUUGCUGUCAUGGCAACUGGAUAUGGAAAGAGUUUGUGCUUCCAGUAUCCACCUGUUUAUGUAGGCAAGAUUGGCCUUGUCAUCUCUCCCCUUAUUUCUCUGAUGGAAGACCAAGUGCUACAGCUUAAAAUGUCCAACGUCCCAGCUUGCUUCCUUGGAUCAGCACAGUCAGAAAAUGUUCUAACAGAUAUUAAAUUAGGUAAAUACCGGAUUGUAUAUAUAACUCCAGAAUACUGUUCAGGUAACAUGGGCCUGCUCCAGCAACUUGAGGCUGAUAUUGGUAUCACACUCAUUGCUGUGGAUGAGGCUCACUGUAUUUCUGAGUGGGGGCAUGAUUUUAGGAAUUCAUUCAGGAAGUUGGGCUCCCUAAAGACAGCACUGCCAAUGGUUCCAAUUGUUGCACUUACUGCUACUGCAAGUUCUUCAAUCCAGGAAGACAUUGUACGUUGCUUAAAUUUAAGAAAUCCUCAGAUCACCUGUACUGGUUUUGAUCGACCAAACCUGUAUUUAGAAGUUAGGCGAAAAACAGGGAAUAUCCUUCAGGAUCUGCAGCCAUUUCUUGUCAAAACAAGUUCCCACUGGGAAUUUGAAGGUCCAACAAUCAUCUACUGUCCUUCUAGAAAAAUGACAGAACAAGUUACAGCUGAACUUAGGAAACUGAAUCUAUCCUGUGGAACAUACCAUGCGGGCAUGAGUUUUAGCACAAGGAAAGACAUUCAUCAUAGGUUUGUGAGAGAUGAAAUUCAGUGUGUUAUAGCUACCAUAGCUUUUGGAAUGGGCAUUAAUAAAGCUGACAUUCGCCAAGUCAUUCAUUACGGUGCUCCUAAGGAAAUGGAAUCAUAUUAUCAGGAGAUUGGUAGAGCUGGUCGUGAUGGACUUCAAAGUUCUUGUCACGUCCUCUGGGCUCCUGCAGACAUUAACUUAAAUAGGCAUCUUCUUACUGAGAUACGUAAUGAGAAGUUUCGAUUAUACAAAUUAAAGAUGAUGGCAAAGAUGGAAAAGUAUCUUCAUUCUAGCAGAUGUAGGAGACAAAUCAUCUUGUCUCAUUUUGAGGACAAACAAGUACAAAAAGCCUCCUUGGGAAUUAUGGGAACUGAAAAAUGCUGUGAUAAUUGCAGGUCCAGAUUGGAUAAUUACUAUUCCAUGGAUGACUCAGAGGAUACAUCCUGGGACUUUGGUCCACAAGCAUUUAAGCUUUUGUCUGCUGUGGACAUCUUAGAGGAAAAAUUUGGAAUUGGGCUUCCAAUUUUAUUUCUCCGAGGAUCUAAUUCUCGGCGUCUUGCCGAUCAAUAUCGCAGGCACAGUUUAUUUGGCACUGGCAAGGAUCAAACAGAGAGUUGGUGGAAGGCUUUUUCCCGUCAGCUCAUCACUGAGGGAUUCUUGGUAGAAGUUCCUGGGUAUAACAAAUUUGUGAAGAUUUGCACCCUUACGAGAAAGGGUAGAAAUUGGCUUCAUAAAGCAAAUACAGAAUCUCAGAGCCUCAUCCUUCAAGCUAAUGAAGAAUUGUGUCCAAAGAAGUUUCUUCUGCCUAGCUCGAAAACUGUAUCUUCAGGCACCAAAGAGCAUUAUUAUAAUCAAGUACCAGUUGAAUUAACUACAGAGAAGAAGUCUAACUUGGAGAAGUUAUAUUCUUAUAAACCAUGUGAUAAGAUUUCUUCUGGGAGUAACAUUUCUAAAAAAAGUAUCAUGGUACAGUCACCAGAAAAAUCUUACAGUUCCUCAGAGCCUGCUAUUUCGUCACAAGAGCAGGAAACUCAGAUUGUGUUAUAUGGCAAAUUGGUAGAAGCUAGGCAGAAACAUGCCAAUAAAAUGGAUGUUCCCCCAGCUAUUCUGGCAACAAACAAGAUACUGGUGGAUAUGGCCAAAAUGAGACCAACUACAGUUGAAAACAUAAAAAGGAUUGAUGGUGUUUCUGAAGGCAAAGCUGCCAUGUUGGCCCCUCUGUUGGAAGUCAUCAAACAUUUCUGCCAAACAAAUAAUGUUCAGACAGACCUCUUUUCAAGUACAAAACCUCAAGAAGAACAGAAGACGAGUCUGGUAGCAAAAAAAAAAAUAUGCACACUUUCACAGUCUAUGGCCAUCACAUACUCUUUAUUCCAAGAAAAGAAGAUGCCUUUGAAGAGCAUAGCUGAGAGCAGGAUUCUGCCUCUCAUGACAAUUGGCAUGCACUUAUCCCAAGCAGUGAAAGCUGGCUGCCCCCUUGAUUUGGAGCGAGCAGGCCUGACUCCAGAGGUUCAGAAGAUUAUUGCUGAUGUUAUCCGAAACCCUCCCGUCAACUCAGAUAUGAGUAAAAUUAACCUAAUCAGAAUGUUAGUUCCUGAAAACAUUGACACGUACCUUAUCCACAUGGCAAUUGAGAUCCUUAAACAUGGUCCUGACAGCAGACUUCAACCUUCAUGUGAUGUCAACAAAAGGAGAUGUUUUCCCAGUUCUGAAGAGAUCUGUUCAAGUUCUAAGAGAAGCAAGGAAGAAGUAGGCAUCAAUACCGAGACUUCAUCUGCAGAGAGAAAGAGAUGAUUACCUGUGUGGUUUGCCAAAGGAAGUGAUACCAGCAAGAAAUUAAUGGACAAAACGAAAAGGGGAGGUCUUUUUAGUUAAGCUGGCAAUUACCAGAACAAUUAUGUUUCUUGCGGUAUUAUAAAAAGAUAGCUAUAUUUUAUUUCUGAAGAGUAAGGAAUAGUAUUUUGGCUUAAAAGUGAUUCUAAUUACAAAGUUCACUGUUUAUUGAAGAACUGGCAUCUUAAAUCAGCCUUCCACAAUUCAUGUAAAGUUUCUGGGUCUUCUGGGAGCCUACGUGAGUACAUCACCUAACAGAAUAUUAAAUUAGACUUCCUGUAAGAUUGCUUUAAGGAACUGUUACUGUCCUAUUUUCUAAUCUCUUUAUUAAAACAGUGUAUUUGGAAAAUGUUAUGUGCUCUCAUUUGAUAUAGAUAACAGAUUAGUAGUUACAUGGUAAUUAUAUGAUAUAAAAUACUCAUAUAUUAUCAAAAUUCUGUUUCGUAAAUGUAAGAAAGCAUAGUUAUUUUACAAAUUGUCUUUACUGUCUUUUGAAGAAGCUCUUAAAUACAUUGUUAAAUGGUAUUAGUUGACCAGGCCAAUGAAAAUGAAACCACAUUUUGGGUGCCAUUAAAUAGGGAAAAAACAUGUAAAAAAUGUAAAAUGGGUACCAAUUGCACUAGGCAAGUGUAUAUUUUGUAUUUUAUAUACAAUUUCUAUUAUUUUUCAAAUAAUAAAACAAUGUUUUUCAUACUGAAUAUUAUAUAUAUAUUUUUUAGCUUUCAUUCACUUAAUUACUUUAAGUACCUUUAUUUUUCCAGGAUGUCAGAAUUUGAUUCUAAUCUCUCUUAUGUAGCACAUGUGACUUAAUUUAAAACCUAUACUGUGACAGAGUUGGGUAAACGAUGAUUAUUUAAGCAGUUCACCAUACAUUUCAAAGCCUUUGAUUGGCUUUUUUGUAAAUAAAAAUAACUUGUUAAGAAACAAAUAUAUCUGUCAUAGAAGAACUAGAAAAUCCAGGGAAGUGAGAAAAAUGAAAAUAAAAAUCAUUCAUAGUUUUACUAGUA